CCUCCUCCUCCUCGCCAUGGCGGACCGCAUCCACCCGGAGCCCCCAUCUGGCUAUGCACCUCCUCCUCCUCCUCCGCCCCCACAUUCCAAACCCCCGGAGAAGAAGUCUCGCCCCCGAUCCGGCACGUACGUGAUCCAGAUCCCCAAGGACCAGAUCUAUCGUAUCCCACCGCCGGAGAACGCCACACUCUACGAAUACUACACCCGCCGCCCCACCUCCCACCGCCGCCGCUCUAUCAUCCUCACCUCCAUCCUCUCCAUCCUCUUCCUCCUCUCCAUCCUCACCGCCAUUACCGGCCUCUUCUACCUCUUCCUCCGCCCCAGGCUCCCUUCACUCUCCGCCGAUCGCCUCACCUUUAUCAACAUCACCUCCACCGAGAUCGACGCCAUUCUCCGAGCAUCCAACCAGAACGACAAGAUCGGCUUCCGCUAUCUCCCCGGUGGAUCCCUCUCCAUCUCCUACUCCGGCGUCCCCCUCGCUCGCUCUCCGUGGCCGGAGUUCAAGCAGGUCCCCGGCAACAUAACGGUGUUAGACACGGCGUUAGCUGGGGACGGCUUCCGGCCAACGGAUCCCAUCCAGAAGGCUUUGGAGGCGGAGCUCCGGCAAGGCGAGGUGUUGUUAGGGAUGAAGAUGACGGCGCCGGUGAGGUUCUUCGCCGCCUCGUUGACGACGUGGACCUUCACCGUUAGGGUUUGGUGUGACGUCGUCGUUGAUCGGCUAACGGCGGACGCGAGGAUCAUCUCCCAAGAGUGUAACUCUGCAUUGGAUUUCUGA